AUGGAAAGGAUUAAAGGAGAUAUAAUUGGCAAUGGCUGGGUGAGAAGGAGUGAGGAAUCGAAGGCGAACCUGCUGGGUCAAUUGAAAGAGACCAUUACCAAAAUGCAAGAGCUUCAGCCACCAGAAAAUAUCGGUGUUGCCUCUGUCGAUGGUGGAACUCUGUUUGACUGUCGUGAUUUGGGCCCGACCUUGCGCUUCGGCCCAUUUGAUACAACCCAGGAAUUCCAUCGAUAUUUACGCAGGGGUAUGGAAUUUGAUUCAAGCCUCGAUGUUGAUGUUCAGGACUUCAUAAACCAACAAAACAUCAACAAAUGGCCUUUGAAAUUCACUCAUGGCGAUUUAAGCAGCCUCAACAUUAUUGUUCGCGGUGACACUCUUGUUGGCAUUAUUGAUUGGGAAACGGCUGGUUGGUAUCCAUCAUAUUGGGAAUACACAACCGCCUGCCAAGUCAACCCACAAAACUCUUUUUGGGCCAAUGAGAUUGAUAAGUUUCUGGAACCGAUGCCUGAAGAAUUGGCGAUGGACCAGUUUCGCCAGACACGCUUUUGA